AUGUAAAUUCUAAUUAUUCUAUUAAUAAUUACCCACACAUAUAUUUGCAAGAUAAUAUCAUCCUGCUAAAUUUAUUCUGACAAUCCAGAAGCAUGUAUAGAAAAAACAACUGACUAUAAAUGUACUUUUAUUUUUUUUAAAAUUAGGCAAUUUCCAUUAUUUUGAGAGUAAGUGCAUUCUUGAAAAUUCGAUAUCUCUAGGUUGUAUUGAAAAUUUGAAUCAAGGUGCUUGCAUUAGUUAAUAAACUGACCUUUAUGGAAAAGAAGUUUAAUGUAAAGAAGAUUUUAUAGUUAAGGUGUCUUUAAUAAGAAGUGCUAACCUGUAUUAAAGACAGAACUAUAAAACCAAGGUUGUAGGACAACCUAUAACAAAUAUGCAUGCUUUAAUGUAGUAAAUGCAGAUUGCGAAUGGAAGAAUAAUUAGUGCUAGCCUUUGGAAGAAAUAAAAGAAACAGCAUAUUCAUGUGAAGAAUCUUAUUAAAAAUCUGUUACAUUUGUAACAUGCUCUAAAUUAUAGAAUCUAUUAUGUAUUAUUUGAUCGAAAUUAUAAGGUAUAAGUUCUGGAUUUACAGGUGAAUAUGGUUGCAUAACUGUCUAGGAAUAGUAAUUGAAGACUUUGUAAUGUACUGAAAAGGGUUUGACAAAAUAAGCUUGUAUAUCUAUUUAAACAGAAGGAUAGGAGUGUAAGAAAAAUGAUUAAUCUAUAGGUAUCUUCAAAGAUCAGAUGUGUCGAAAUAUUGAAGAGUCAGAAAUAAAUACUUGUUAAAUGAAUUUAAAUAGAUGGGCUUGUUUAUCAAUUAAAAAUCCUAAAAUCUCUUGUUAGUGGAUAGAAAAUUCUUGUUAUCCUUAUAUAUAUUUAAAUGAAAACUAAUAAAAUGAAAUAUUAGAAGUGAAUAUCAGUGUCUGUCAAUCCAUAAAAGGAUUAUAUAGAUAUGAUAGAAAAAAUACUAAGUGCAUUCAAAUAAUUGACUUUUAANAAUUAUUGAAAAUACAAACAUUAUACACUAUAUUUGUACACAAAUAAGAGAAUUCUUUUUUAUAAAUGAAUAUAAAGUGA